ACCCACACGUCAUUCUCAUCGUCUCUAACCACAUAUUUGCGAUUAUUCAAAUAAUCGCUUCUGAUUAUAAAGCUACCGUCACAAGGAAAAGCGAUUAUUCGCUAUUCACGUUUCAAGCUUCCGUCAUCGUUCAGAGAGGUUUUCUCCGGUUCCUUCAUCGAAGGCACCAAGAUUCCAUUUCAUCACCAAACCCUAACCCGUUGCUGUUGCUUCUCGCGGUUUCUGAUUCGAGUAUUCUACAAUGGCGGUGUAUUAUAAAUUUAAGAGUGCAAAAGAUUAUAAUUCAAUUCCAAUGGAUGGUCCUUUCAUAUCUGUUGGUACAUUGAAACAAAGUAUAUUUGUAUCCAAGCAUUUAGGAAGGGGUACUGAUUUUGACCUUCUGGUCACCAACGCUCAGACCAAUGAAGAAUAUCAUGAUGAAGAAAUGUUGAUUCCUAAAAAUACGUCAGUGUUAAUUCGACGGGUUCCAGGACGGCCAUGUUUACCGAUUGUUACUGAAAAAAAACAAGAGUUUGAAAAUAAGGUUGUGGAAACUGAACCUGAGAAUAGUACCUUACCGGCAGAUUAUACAUCUUCCAUGCAAUAUCCUGAAAAUUUGGAUUGGGAUGAAUUUGGCAAUGAUUUAUAUUCAAUACCUGAUCAACUGCCCGUUCAAUCAAGCACCAUGAUUCCAGAUGCUCCUCUAACUAGCAAAGCUGACGAAGACAGUAAGAUUAAGGCCUUGAUUGAUACUCCUGCACUGGAUUGGCAACAACAAGGUUCAGACUUUGGCGCUGGUAGAGGUUUUCGAAGGGGUGCAGUUGGUGGAAGGAUUGGGGGUGGACGUGGUUUUGGGUUGGAGCGGAAAACACCUCCAGAAGGCUAUGUAUGUCACAGAUGCAAGGUGUCUGGACAUUUCAUUCAGCAUUGCCCUACAAAUGGUGAUUCCACUUUUGACAUCAAAAAAGUCAGGCAGCCUACUGGUAUUCCUAGAUCUAUGCUGAUGGUAAAUCCACAAGGUUCCUAUGCUCUACAAAAUGGUUCAGUAGCUGUUUUGAAGCCAAAUGAGGCUGCGUUCGAUAAAGAAAUGGAAGGGUUGUCAUCUACACGUUCAGUUGGUGAUCUACCACCUGAGCUCCACUGCCCCUUGUGCAAUAAUGUCAUGAAAGAUGCUGUAUUGACAAGCAAGUGUUGUUUUAAAAGCUUCUGUGACAAAUGUAUUAGGAACUAUAUUAUGUCCAAGUCUGCAUGCGUAUGUCUUGCAACAAAUAUUCUAGCAGAUGAUCUUUUACCAAAUAAGACGCUUAGAGAUGCCAUCCAUCGCAUAUUGGAGUCUGGCAAUAGCAGUACUGAAAAUGCAGGGAGCACUUAUCAAGUUCAAGAUAUGUUGUCUUCUCGUUGCCCACAGCCCAAGAUACCAUCUCCAACUUCAUCUGCAACCUCCAAGGGAGAACCAAAGGUUUCACAAGUUAAUGAAGGAAUGGCAAAUAUACAGGAAAUAGUUGCCGAGAGAAAGGAGGUCUCUGCUACACAGCAGGUAUCAGAGCAAGUAAAGAUCCCUAGAGCUGCAGUUGUAUCUGAAGUUACUCAUGAGUCUAUGAGUGUAAAGGAACCGGAACCAGCCUCCCAAGGGAGUGCUAAACUGGUUGAGGAAGAAGUGCAGCAAAAGUUGGUCCCCACCGACGGAGGAAAGAAGAAGAAAAAGAAGAAAGUCCGUAUGCCUGCAAAUGAUUUACAAUGGAAUAGCUAUAUGAUGCAACCGAUAGGCCUGCCGCCUCCUAGCUAUAAUUCAUACUGGAAUGGCAUGCAACGUUGUUUGGAUGGAUAUAUGGGACCAUAUGCUGCUCCAAUGACAAUGAUGGGUUAUGGUCUAGGCCCCUUUGACAUGCCAUUUGCAGGUGGUCUGCCUCAAGACCCAUUUGGCAUGCAUGGUUACGUGAUGCCUGUUCAUCCACCUCAUAGGGAUUUUGCUGAGUUCAAUAUAGGAAUGAAUGUCCCACCUCCUGUUAUGAAUAUGAAUAGAGAGCCUGUUAUGAAUAAGAAUAGAGAGGAUUUUGAAGCUCGAAAUGCUAUUCUGAAGAAGCAGGAAAAUGAGAGACGGGUUGAAAGGGACUUAUCCAAAGAUCGAGAAUUUGGUAGAGAUGUGAGUAGUGUUGGAGAUGUUUCUUCGUCGAAACCAAAAGCAAAGUCAAACCCGCCGUCAUCAAAUGGCUAUCAUCAUCAACACCACCGUCAUCAGGAAGAAGAGCCACCACGCCAACGCAAACUAAAAUCCGAUCGCGACUACGACUCGCAUGAGCGGCACCACCACCACAACAACCACCGAUCAGAAUCAUCUGAACCAACAGUAGACCGGAAGCAGAAAAGCAGCAUCUUCUCUCGCAUGAGCUUCCCGUCCGAAGAUGAAGCUGCCAUUACUAAAAAGAGAAAGAACGAUGCUUCUUCUUCAUCUCCCGCAACAUCAAACGGUUAUUACGAAGUGAGAAGAAAUAACGACGAUUUUGAUGAUUGCGAAGGCAGCGACGAUGAUGAUCGACAUUUCAAAAGGAGACGGUCGAGGUAUGAGUCGGUCGAUAGGAGAGAGAGGCAGCGACGAUAAUUUUAUUUGAUUUGAUGGCAUAAUUCAAUUAUUUUGCCAAUGUAAUUUGUUUUUUUUUUAUACAAUCGACAUUGUAAUUUUAUGUUUGUUCAAUUCAAUGAAAGUCUACUUUUUUAAUUCAAA